GCCGUAGGACCGCCUGCUGCCCCCGCCGUUUCCUAGGAGAUGAAACACAGAAGACGCCGGAGCUUCACAAGUGAGCGAACUAGGGUGUCUAUAAGAAUGGAAGCGCUGUUUCCUGCCAGAUUUCUUCAUGCUGUAUCUCGUGAACCUUUGUAAUCUUGGGGAGGAGCCUAUAUUGAAUGAUGACAAACCUGUCACCAGUAUAGCAACAACAGUGUGAGAACAAAAACAAAUAAAAAUUAAGACGCGUUCAAAUUUAUAUUCAACAAGGAAGUCAUUGCAAUCAACAACUUCUGCUGCAUUAUUUUUCCAAGAUGAACCGAUACACAACCAUGAGACAGUUGGGGGACGGCACGUAUGGGAGUGUGCUUAUGGGCAAGAGUAAUGAAUCCGGGGAGCUGGUGGCCAUCAAAAGGAUGAAGAGAAAGUUCUAUUCUUGGGAUGAGUGCAUGAACUUGAGAGAAGUUAAGUCUCUGAAGAAACUUAAUCAUGCCAAUGUUAUUAAAUUAAAAGAAGUUAUCAGAGAAAAUGACCAUCUUUAUUUUAUAUUUGAAUAUAUGAAAGAAAACCUCUAUCAAUUAAUGAAAGACAGAAACAAGUUGUUCCCUGAGUCAGUCAUCAGAAAUAUUAUGUAUCAAAUAUUGCAAGGGCUGGCUUUUAUCCAUAAACAUGGGUUUUUUCAUAGGGACAUGAAACCAGAAAACUUGCUUUGUAUGGGCCCAGAGCUUGUGAAAAUUGCUGAUUUUGGACUUGCAAGGGAAUUAAGGUCCCAGCCACCAUACACUGAUUAUGUCUCUACCAGAUGGUAUCGUGCCCCUGAAGUUUUACUGAGAUCUUCAGUUUAUAGUUCUCCCAUUGAUGUGUGGGCUGUUGGAAGUAUCAUGGCUGAACUCUAUAUGUUAAGACCACUUUUCCCAGGGACGAGUGAGGUCGAUGAAAUCUUUAAAAUUUGCCAAGUUUUAGGGACUCCCAAAAAGAGUGACUGGCCAGAAGGAUACCAGCUGGCAUCCUCUAUGAACUUCCGUUUUCCCCAGUGUGUUCCUAUAAACUUAAAAACUCUCAUUCCCAAUGCCAGUAAUGAAGCUAUUCAGCUCAUGACCGAAAUGUUGAAUUGGGAUCCAAAGAAACGACCAACAGCAAGCCAGGCAUUGAAACACCCAUAUUUUCAAGUUGGUCAGGUAUUAGGUCCUUCCUCAAAUCAUCUGGAAUCAAAAGAGUCUUUAAAUAAGCAACUGCAACCAUUAGAAUCAAAGCCAUCUUUAGUUGAAGUAGAGCCUAAGCCUCUGCCAGAUAUAAUUGAUCAGACUGUUGGACAACCCCAGCCAAAAACUAGCCAGCAGCCACUGCAGCCCAUUCAGCCACCACAGAACCUGAGCGUCCAGCAACCUCCAAAGCAACAGAGUCAGCAGAAACCGCCACAAACACUAUUCCCAAGCAUCAUCAAAAACGUGCCAACCAAGCCAAAUGGCACACUGAGUCAUAAAAGUGGUAGGAGGCGUUGGGGUCAGACUGUCUUCAAGUCUGGAGACAGCUGGGAAGAGUUGGAGGACUAUGAUUUCGGAGCCUCCCAUUCCAAGAAGCCAAGCAUGGGUGUUUUUAAAGACAAAAGGAAAAAAGAUUCUCCAUUUCGGCUUCCAGAGCCAGUACCCUCAGGCGCCAGCCACUCGACAGGGGAAAACAAGAGCUUACCUGCGGUUAUUUCCCUAAAAUCUGAUUCCGAAUUGUCAACUGCUCCAACCUCUAAACAGUACUACUUGAAACAAUCAAGAUAUCUUCCAGGUGUGAAUCCCAAGAACAUGUCCUUGAUGGCCAAUGGAAAGGAAAUAAACCCCCACACUUGGAACAACCAGUUAUUCCCCAAGUCACUGGGACCCGUCGGGGCAGAACUCGCUUUCAAAAGGAGCAAUGCAGGAAAUCUUGGAAGCUAUGCUACUUACAAUCAGUCAGGAUAUAUUCCUUCCUUUCUCAAAAAAGAAGUGCAGUCAGCUGGCCAGAGGAUCCACUUAGCACCUCUCAAUGCAACGGCUUCAGAAUAUACCUGGAACACAAAAACUGGUCGGGGGCAGUUUUCAGGACGUACUUACAAUCCUACAGCAAAAAACCUAAAUAUUGUGAACCGUGCACAGCCCAUUCCCUCCGUGCACGGGAGGACAGACUGGGUGGCCAAAUAUGGAGGCCACCGGUAGGAGUCUGUGGUGUGAAACCCCACAGCAUUGCUCCGUAGAGUACGUGCAAGUUCCUUGACCCUGGGAAAUGUCUACAGAUGUCUAUUUCUACUGAGUUCUGGAAGAAAUAUGCAAAAGUGGGCACUUGGAAGAGCAAAAAUCAUCCCCUAUUUUAUUUAUUUCCAAGAAAUGCAUUUUCUUAGAAUCAUUGCCCACAGUGUUGAUAUAUGGGUAGGAUGUUACAAAGUAUUGAAUAAACUAUUUGCCAAAGUAUGAAGUAUUUGAUCUACAAUUUAGUAAAUCCAAUAAGAACCCUUAAAAAAAAAAAAACUUCCAGAAAAUGUUUAGUGUGUUUUAGUUUUCAUUUGUUGUAUGUGCCCAAAUGGUUUAGUAGUUCUUCACUUUGCUGUGAUUGGCUCAAGAGGUUUGUCUUUUGUUUUUGUACAGCAGUUGGGCCAACCUCUGCUGGCUGUCAGCUGUGGUUCUUAUUUGGCUAAGGCUCUGCGCUGCCAUUUUGUCAGUGACAGAAAGAUUGCAAUUAUUUGUUUUUCUUCUUUGAAGCUAUGGGAGCGAUGGUAAGUUCAAUCUUGAGCAGGAUGUCUUUUUUUUUUUUUUUUUAAUGAGGCAAUGUUUCACUGUUGUCCAAGCUGGAGUGUAGUGGCACCAUCUUAGCCUACUGCAACCUCCACCUCCUGGGUUCAAGUGAUUUUCCUGCCUCAGUGUCCCAAGUAGCUGGGAUUAGAGGCGUGCACCACCACGCCCAGCUAAUUUUUGUAGUAUUAGGAGAGACAGGGUUUCACCAUGUUGGUCAGGCUCAGGCUGGUCUCGAACUCCUGACCUCAGGUGAUCCACCUGCCUCGGCCUCCCAAAGUGUGGAGAUUACAGGUGUGAGCCACAGUGCCCAGCCAUUUUUUUUUUUUUUUUUUUUUUUAGAAAUAAAUGUAUCUUUAACAUAGAGAGUAUCAAAGUUAUGCCACCUGGUUUUAGUAGACCGCCUGUAUUUUGAUCUUGACAGUACAGCUCCUAUGAAUUCAAGGUGACUGUCAAACCCGAUGGCUUGAUGACUUUGAUAUUAACCAAGUCAAGGUUCUCUUGGUUUGACAUCAUUAAGAAAGUUUUGGAAACUGUGUUUGAUGCUGGUUCAUUGGACUCUUCAAACUGCUUUGUUUCUGUGUCCCUACCAGACUUAAAGGUGAAGCGUGCCAGCUGGUUCCCCCAAGCCAACUCAUGCUGCUGACCGUUGACUCAGCUCUGACAUUCACAUUUGCUCUAAAGCAAGUGUGUUCAGCUGCUGGGGCAGUGAUAUCACAUAGUACACAUAUUAUGUUCUUAGUUUAUUUCCAAACUGGUAUUUUAAAUAGACACUUCGAACUUUGGGCUACUCUGUUUAAACUUGCCACUUUCUGGGCUGGACCUUAGUACUGUAAAUUCUUUUUAAAGAAUAAUAAUGUUAUCAACUACUGAGAUUUUUAUGUAUUUUGUGACUUUGUAACAACUGCUAUUGUAAUAGGUGUCAUCUUGUGGGCAUUAUCCAAGGCAUAUUGUAAAAUAAUAAUGAUGAUAUUUUUGUAUAGAAGAUUCAACUGUUCAGAUGUAAAAUGCUGAAAAAUGUUAAAAUCUAAAGAGUAAUUUAUCCUAGGGGUAAUGGUUAUAUGUAUUUGUACAGUUUAAUGUCUCAAAGCUGUGUAGUCUUUUGUGUUACUGGGAAACUUUUAAACUCUGAAUAGACAUUAAAAUAAAUAUGG